AUGUCGGCGAACAACACAAGCAAGGGGUUGCAAGGAUGGACAUCCUCACCAGACGGGCGGGGAACUCUCGACAUUUUCUGGGCUUGCCUCGUGACCGUUUUCCUAUCGACUUGGUCCGCGAUAUGCUUGAACGUGCCGGAACCGAAUGACACGACAUGGACGCGCAUCAGGCGCAAGAUGUGGAUCACCAUUAUUUCGUUACUGGGACCAGAGUGUCUGCUCGGCUAUGCGCUCGGCGAGUGGCAAUCCGCACGCGCAUCUGUGGCCGAGUUUAAACAGCUCCGACAAGACGACGAGUGGACGUUGAAACACGCCUUUUUCGCUAUCAUGGGUGGGUUUGUGCUCCGAACAAGCGAUGACGUCCGUUUCUUUCUCGAUGAGAAACAAAUCCUAUGGCUACUUCAGCGCCAGGCCAUUUCGACCGCCCAGUUCGAGAAGAGCUUCUUGCUGGACUCUAAAACCAUUAGUGAUCGGAACAAUUCAGACACUUUUAUACGUCUGAUUGCCGUCGGGCAGGCACUAUGGUUCUGCAUCAACAUCAUAGCUCGUGCUUCCCAGGGUCUUGCGGUCACAACACUGGAGAUCACAGUGAUCGGGAUCAUUGUCGAUAGCAUUCUAGUCUACUACUUUUGGAAAGACAAGUCUGCUGAUGUCGAGUCGAUAGAGGUCAUCUCCAUCAAUAUUACGCUUGGCGAGCUGAUCCUGCUGGAAGAGGAUGAGGCAGCUCGAACACGACCAUACUUCCGAACGCCACUCGACUUUGUCAGCCGCUCGAUCUGGUAUUUCAACCUGAUCUACCAAUAUCUAAUCAAUACGUUGAAGAGCCUGCGCCCUCACGCCUGGCAGAGGAGCAAGAAGAAAUCGCUUGGGAGACGGUCAGACAACGACGUGCUUCCCGUUACAGGAGUAACAAUGGUGAUAGGGGUGUUUUUCGGGCUUACGUUUAUGGGCAUCAAUUUCAUCGCAUGGAACUUCCACUUCCCCACUCCAAUUGAAAGAUUAUUGUGGCGACUCUCAUCCUGUGGGCUAGUUGUGAUCGCUUGUUUGGGCAUGCCUGUCGCUGAAUUGUUAUACACAAAACGCGGGAUCAAGAGGAUGCAGGAGAAGGUUCAGAAGCGUAGGAAAGCGCUUGAAGGCUUCAACCUUCCUGAUAAGGCAAAGUGGAAGGACCGUCUCGUAUAUCGGUUUCGGACCGGGGUAAUGAAGAUCAGGAACAACAGCCCCGGGAACGAUCCAAGUCUAGACGUGUCCCUCCUUUUUGUAUUAGGAAUAGUGUUUUUCUUCGGGACGUACUUUCUCUUUCGAGCCUACAUUCUGGUGGAAGACUUCAUCGCCUUUCGCGCGAUGCCAGCCGAUGGAGGGGCCCUCCUCAACUGGAACACGACCGUCGAAGCUGACGUGGAGGAAAGCCUUGGUGAGGAAGUAAAGAAGUUGAGAGAAAGGCUUCGCGAAGCAGACCCUGUCAAAGAGGGUGCUCAUGACAACUCAGAGGUGACGAGAAGGGUAGUAACUGGUCACAUGGCUACGAGGUUGAAACUGGUCAGCCAAGUGUUAUCUCCGAUAUCUCCAAUGCCACUCAGGGCAAUGACGGCUGAAUAG